CUGCUGCAAUGAUUAGUCUCGUGUUUGCGCCUUGCCACUCUCGCCUGGCUUGCGUUUGCGUGGUGUUUUUGUGGACGACGGCGUCGUCGCCAGCCUCCUCCUUGUGGCUCUCGUUUCCCCCCUUCCUCCUUCUCGUUGCCCUCAGAAAAAUCCAUUCAUUCUGCUCUGGAAAUUUAGCCCUCUCCUAUUUAUAACCCAUCCAUCUCCCCGCGGGGGCGGCCAAGGCUAGAUUUGUUUGCCUGAAUUUUUCCCUGUUUCUCUCAACCGGGAAUCGGGUUCUUGAUUCUUCCGUCGAUUUCUCCCCUUUCCCGGGCUGUUGAUUCUUGCACGGAUCGAAAGGUGCGUUUUUUCUGCAGAAUUUUCGGUGUUGGAGGUGUUUGGAACAAUUUCGAUCCGUUCGGUGGUCGCUGGUCCAUUCUUGAUCCGAAAGGUGGUGCUGUGAUUGGGCUAUUUACCCUGGAUCAUUUGUGCUCGAGCGCAAGAUGCUCUACUUGAAGCAGCCGACGAGGAGCUGAACUACGCAGAGUCUCCGUCUGUUCUGAAUUUAUUGGUUCGGAUUCGUGCCCCUGUUGUGUAUCUGUUUGUUGAUCUGAUCCGAUGGAAUCUAUAAGAGGCGGCAAGUUCCUUCAGAAGUUCCGGCUCUACGAGACCAGAUCGAAAUUUUAUCUUAUUGGAAGAAACAAGAGCAGGACUAUUUGGAAAGUGCUAAAGAUUGAUCGGUUGGAAUCUACUGAUUUGGGCAUCCAGGAAGAUCCUACAUGUUACACGGAGAAUGAAUGCCAAGAACUGCUUUGGCGGAUUCACGAGGGGAAUAGGUUGACUGGUGGGCUGAAAUUUGUCACAAAAUGCUACGGAAUAGUUGGUUUUAUGAAGUUUCUUGGUCCUUACUACAUGGUUAUCAUUACCAGGAGAAGGAAAGUUGGCACAAUCUGUGGCCAUGAUAUUUAUUCGAUUGGGAAGAGUGAAAUGAUCGCAAUUCCAUGUCCUAUAGUCUGGCCCAACGUGGCUAAUUCUAGGGAUGAGAACAGAUAUAAACGGCUCCUUUGCUCGGUCGAUCUCACGAAGGACUUCUUCUUCAGCUACUCUUACAACAUCAUGCGCAGUCUUCAGAAGAACAUAGCUGAUAAGAAUACUGGGCAGGUUGUUUAUGAAACAAUGUUUGUAUGGAAUGAAUUUCUGACACGAGCAAUGCGGAGCCAUCUCAAGAAUACCAAUUGGACUGUGGCCUUAAUCCAUGGAUUUUUUAAGCAGUCCAAGCUGUCAGUAUGUGGGAAAGAUUUCUGGUUGACACUUAUAGCCAGACGUUCGCGUCAUUUUGCUGGAACCAGAUUCUUGAAACGAGGUGUUAAUGAAAAGGGUAGGGUUGCCAAUGAUGUUGAGACUGAACAGAUUGUUUUUGAAGAUACACCUGAUGACAUCCCAUGUGAAAUAACCUCUGUUGUACAACAUAGAGGAUCAAUACCCCUCGUCUGGUUUCAGGAAACUUCAAGACUUAAUAUUAGGCCAGAGAUCACAUUAAAACCGGAUGUGGACUACAAGGCAACCCGGCUUCAUUUUGAAAACCUUGCACUGAGAUAUGGGAACCCUAUAGUCAUCUUAAACUUAAUCAAGACUCGUGAGAAGAAGCCUCGUGAAUCUUUGCUCCGCGCUGAAUUUGCAAAGGCUAUCCAUUACAUAAAUAAAGGGUUACCGGAUGACAAACGCCUGAAGUUUUUACACAUGGAUCUGAGUAAGCUUGCUCGAAGGAAAGGCACCAAUGUGCUUGGACUGUUAAACAAGGUAGCAUCAGAUGUGUUGGAACUAACGGAUCUCCUUCAUUGCGAGAUAACUACAUCAAAACCCAGGGGCGCCUCAAGUGGGCAAGGAGAUGUUACGGAGUCAUGUGAGAUCAAAAGCAAUGAUGAUUUCUGUGCAGAUAUGAUGGUACCUCUUUUACUACAAAAGGGUGUCCUCAGGACAAACUGCAUAGACUGCUUAGACCGCACAAAUGUUGCACAAUUCGCAUAUGGAUUAACUGCUUUAGGACGCCAACUUCAUGUGUUGAGGCUCACUCAAGAACCUAAAAUUGAAUUGCAUGCUCCUUUGGCUGACGAUCUGAUGGAUUUCUAUGAAAGGAUGGGUGAUACAUUAGCUAUCCAAUAUGGUGGUUCUGCUGCUCAUAACAAGAUCUUCUGCGAGCAAAGAGGGCAAUGGAAGGCAGCAACCCAAUCCCAGGAGUUCCUUCGGACCCUUCAACGUUACUACAAUAAUGCCUACACAGAUCCUGAGAAGCAGGACGCUAUAAAUGUGUUCUUGGGUCAUUUCCAACCUCAGCAAGGCAGACCUGCGCUGUGGAAGUUGGACUCAGAUCAGCACUACAAUAUUGGCAGGCAAGGAACUGUGAAUGAAGAAAGUGGAAGAUCAUUCAUAAAGAGGUCACUCUCAGAUGGAAAUAUUCUAUGUGAAAACAGUGUACCUAUAUCUGACCGUAACGUUGGAGAAAACAACACUGCAAACUCAGAAUUACUCCCCAUGCAACAGCUGGAUGAUAUUAGGGAGCCUACUGACUCUGCACCAGAGAUCUACAUGUGUGAAACAAACCCAUGCUCCAGUACAAAAUAUAGCACAAUGCCUGGAAGACACUCCAUUUCGGAAGAACGGCAGAGUUACUUGAAAAGAUUAGGUUAUCCAGAAUUGCAUUCGUCAAAUUUUCUUGAUCUUGAUUUAUUAUCGUCUUCAGGAAAUUCUUGCGACGAAGAAGCUUUUGAGAGGUCAUCGCUCAUCCAUUCCCCAAUGGAUGUUAUCAGUGUUGAAUCUGCUACAACAUACAGUGAACAAGGACACAACGAUGAGGGAAGGGAUGACACAGAUCUGUCGCGCUCGAGCAGCCAGCUCUCAGACUCUCGUGACUAUUCAGACCGAUUUGCACAAUGGGUGGCUAAUGGAGGCAUGCUUUGCUACUAGUGCUAAAGAUUUCCUCCUGAUGGCAUCUCUAAAAUUUGUGGCAGCAGGAAAGACAUGCUAGAGCGAAGGGAAAAAAGCUCGAUGGCAAAGCUGCAAUCUGCCAAUCUGCAAUGCACAGGGCUGGUAAUCGCCGAGGCUGCUGUGACGAAAGAAGAAACACAAUGACUGGUCAGCGUAUCAAAGCUUUAACGCGGUAACUCGAUCGAGGAAUGCAAUUCAUUCAUGCUGGGUUGGUUUGGUCGAGGUGCAGGAUUCAAUUACUAUGGUGAAGAAUUGACCAUAGUUGCAGGGAAUAAUAGGUGAAACAUAUACAUCUGAUUGUUAGCUUAGUUUGACAGAUCUUUUCUCGUUAGCGAAAAAAUAUAAAAAACCCGGAAAAUGGUUUGCAAAAAGAGAAAGGACCGCUCCUGUAAAUAUGCUACAGAUACAAAAGUAUGCUGACUGCAUUGGUUUUGGAUGGCGCUUUACCUGUAUAUGUUUGUAAGACAUUUA